UGUGACAUAAAGUAACGUUAACGUUGCAGCAAUAUGAUGCGAUUUACGUCAUGUACUUAUAUGAAAAAAUCAUGAAGAAGAAAAGUAAAGAAACGCGUCUAUAUAGUUCCAAGAAAUUUCCCGUAAUCUCCGGGAAAUCGCGUAAAGUCUCUCGUUAUACGGUUUCAAAGAGGGUUUCCUGGAAACCGUAUUCGAGGAAUGGUCGUUGUUUGAUCGAUGCCCAGAACUGUUCACGGUUGGAUUUACUCUCGGAGCGGCUGUUGCGCGUUACGAGCCACGAGAAUGACGUCGUGGAAAGGGGUUAAGUACCGAUCGAGUUGGACGCUGCACGACGAAAAUAUCGAGAAUGUGGAGCAUGUGAGCCUCGAUCCCGAGAUUCAGCGAGAACUGGGUUGCUCGGUCGGCGAGCACGUGUUCCUGGAAUAUCCUUGGGCGUAUGUGUCGCGAGAAGCGGUUUUGAGGCUCGCCAACGUCGCGGGCUCGUCGCUGGAGCCGUACCGAGAUAGGAUCCAGACUUACGGCGGUGAUACUUUUCUCGUGGGUUAUUCGUCCACCGAGUUAAUUGCUCCCGAUUUCGUGAUCUGCUUGACGGAGGAUGCGAGAUUAGCGAUAACAAAGAGGAACGCCAAUAUUAGCAAGGAAAUCCGGAACGAAGUCAUGCGAAAGAUUAGAAAGACCGGCGGAUCUUGGAAAUCCUUCGGAAGCGAGGCGGAACUUGAUGAGGGCUUGGUCAGAAGCACGAGAGAGUUCUUUGAAGUGGAAGUGUGUCUUCCAAUUAAGUCUUUACGUUUAAAUCGAAAGCUUUGCGACGGAUCUUCAGAAAGAUCUUGGGAUAGUUAUGUGGAAUUAAUUCCGUGCGAGAAAUUUGAAAAUAUCGAGAGAAAAUGUGUCUCCAAGAUGAUUCAGACGCACUUCGAGCCGCGGGAAAUCGAAGUUCAAACUUAUCCCGGUUAUCCCAAGAACGCUUGGACCCAAUAUCUCUACGAGGACGCCCUGCAGUUGCAAGCUGAUAACGCCGAAUCGGAGGGAGAGGAGAAGGAGCCGGAGGAGAAAGAGUCGGCCGAGGAGAAAUCCGAAAAAGAGUCCGAAGAGAAAAAGACCGAAGGAUCGAAAGAGGUGUCAGAAAUUGACGCGGAACAGAAGCCCGCGGAGAAGAGCGCCUUGGAGCUCUUCUUGGAAGAUCGCGCCCGGGAAAUGAUCGAGGCCGUGUGUUACAAUACGGUCGUGAACGUGCACGUAGACGACAUCGAGACGCUUGCGCAGCGAGAGUUCGAAAUAACCCGGCCGCGAGAUGAGAUCACUUGCGCAGAACGCCUCUCCCUCGUCGACCUACGCUUCACGGCAGGCAAGGUCAUCUCCGACGCUUCCUGGCACCCGGGCCUCGUCGGGUACGUGGCCGUCUCUUACGUUGCCGCACCGUCGCGCGAGACCGGCCGAUCUUUGAUCGUCGAACGUGGCGUUGCGUCGUCGAGACCGGAGCCGACGGUAUUGCUGUGGUCCCUCGCCGAUUCUCUUCGGCCUCGGUUGUCACUGUGGUGCCAUCAGGAAAUCUACUGCGUCUCCUUCUGCCCGAUGAACAGCGACUUUGUAAUCGGCGGUUCUGCGUCCGGCCAAGUGGUCGUCUGGAAUAUUCACGGGCAAAUAGAAGAUCGAGAUGUUGCAGAGGACAUUAACCUUGACUUUUGGUCUCAGGAUACCGUUUCUAUUACUUCUGCAUCCGCGGUGUCCGAACGGGAUCAUUCGCACGAGCUGCCGAUUCGCCGAGUGCAAUGGCUUCCCGAUAAUUACAGAAUAGAGCCAUCUGGGAAACUGACGAAACUGUCCACUAGCUCGAGCUGUCAGUUUCUGACGAUUUCCGAGGACGGUAUCGUCGCCAUUUGGGAUCUUCUUAGAUACUCCGUUACCUCUCAGCUAAAGCCGUGCGAUCGCGAAGAUCUUAACGGUAUUUUUCGGCCAACCUAUCGCUUGAACGUUCGGCCUUCCGACAACCCGUCUUUUACACCUCUUCACCUGUGUCUUCCGUCGGUCAACGCUUUUCAAGAAGGCGACAGGCGUCGUAACGAAUUAGAUUCCACGGAUGUCGACUGCACGAGGAGAUUGUGGAUCGGCACGGCGCAGGGACAUUUUGCUUGUUGCACCUGGGAGGGCCAGGUGUUCGACGUGGAAACAUCCGGUUUAGAGGAGUGCAAACUUCUUAAAUGCACGUCCGCGCACGAUGGUCCCGUUGUAGCGAUUCUGCGAUCGCCGCACCUUUCGGACGUUCUCCUGACGAUGGGUGGCCGCGUCUUCGCCAUUUGGAAGGACGAUUACCUAGACCUUCCUCUGUUCCUUCGAAAGUCCGAUUGCGCGUACACCGCGUGUUGCUGGGGAAAUCGGCCGGGAACUUUCCUGAUGGGUAAUAGUUUGGGCGAUCUGGAGGUUUGGGAUAUCAAGAGGAGGGCAAACGAGCCGGUUCUCACACAGACUAUUUCCAGAAAACCGAUAACCUUCUUAUCGCUUCAAGAGUCGCGUAAACACGGUUCUAAGCUGAUCGGCGCCGGCGAUUGCAACAGUGCUUUUCGUAUUUUUGAGGAACCAACGGAAUUCGAGGACGAUAUACUCGAAAGGAUGGACUGGUUUGAAGAAUACAUAUGGCGAGAGGUGAGAAGAAAGAAGAUGUUUUCUUCGUGGCAGAAAGACUUUCUUCAAAAUGACGCGACAGUUAUCGCUAGAAGGCAAGCGAGAGAAGACGAGGAACAUAGAUUAAAACUUGAAGCGACAAGGCUGAAACUUCAUAGAGAUCAUGAAGAACGAUUGAGGUUGGAGGCUGAAGAAGUAGCACGCAGAGUGCCGAAAUCUAAAGAUACUCUAUGGAAACUGCGCCAGCAAAAGAGAAUGAAGAAGGUCCUUUUAGAGAAGAAGAAAUUUCUGUCGCGUGAACUGGAAGAAAAAAGACUGCCAUUGGUCCGUUUAGCUGAAGAGAGAAAUUUAAAAAUGAUGAAAGCAAAGAACGAAGCCGUGCUUCAGGAUAAGCAUUUCGAUAACUUUGUGUCUCUCAAAUUUCCUGAAUAUUACGAUCUUAUAGAAAAAGACGAGAUCUCGGAAGAAAGACCUGAGACGAUAAAGGAUGAUAAAAUGAUAGAUGUAUUUCUGCAAGAAUUUUACAAAAUCAGGGAUGAAGCGCGAAAGGUAAUAGCGGAAAAGCCAUAUGUCCCAAAAUUUGAUUGGAAUACUUUUAUGAAAAAGGGAAAGGAAAGCAGGAAGAAUUUGUAAAUGCAAAUGCAAAGGCUUUUCUGAAAGGCGUUCUUAUAAGAAGAACGGUUGCCGUUUCAAUUUUGCCUGAUAAUGAUUUGGAUUGUAAACGUAAGUUGAUAAGAUAAGAUAGGUCAACAAAUGUUCAGAAAAUUCUUUCGAGCAAUAAAUUAUAUAUAAUUGCAAUGCGCAUAAAUAUUGAAAUUAUGAAUUUUUAAAGAAUGACAUUAUAUGCAGAAUAGAAUAAAACAUUAAAAAAUAAUAAGCGUUAAUAUAUAUGCGAGAGAAAUCUAUUAAAUAAGGCGGAAUAAAUUAUUCUGUACAAAAUAAAAUUAAUAAGUUCCUCUAAUUCUGCAAUAAUUAAAAUCGACUCACAAUCAGCUACAAUAACACACA